AUGACUGCAAUGAAUAAAAAUAUCCAAAUGGACACAAUAGCUGAUGGUGAUUGGUACUACCAGGCCCAUUCCCAUCGGGAGUACAAAUCAAGAGAGAAGAUCUCUUGCAUGGUGGAGCAUGCCAGCUUCAGUAAACCCAUGAUAUAUGACUGGUAUCUUCAUGUUUUUGACACAGACGAAAUUUGCAGUGACACAGCUGAUGCUGAUGAAUUAACCUUUCUAUUUGAUAAGGAUGAAAUAGGUUAUAUUGAUUUCAAGUCUAAGGAGUCAGUUCUCACACUACCAGCUUUUGUGGACCCUAUACCUUUCUCAUAUUACCUUGGUGCCAUGGCUGAAAUGGCAGACUGCCACAACCGGCUACAGUCAGCAAAAGACAACUAUGUGAAUCCACCUGAACAAAAUGAUCCUCCCUAUACCAUUAUUUACUCCAAGGACAAUCUAAAGCCAGGCAAAGAAAACACAUUGAUCUGCUAUAUGACUGGAUUCUACCCUCCUGCUGUUAAAGUAACAUGGACAAAGAACAAUGUGAAUGUCACAGAGGGAAUGACUCUGGGUCGCUAUACCAUUAACAAUGAUGGCACCUUUGCUGUGUUCUCUUUUCUGAGAAUCACUCCAGAAGAAGGGGCCAUCUACACCUGCACUGUUGAGCAUCAAGCUCUUCUCCAGCCCCAGACCAGAGAGUUGGAUGUUGAGAUGACAGAGCAACUUGUUGACAGUUUGUCAGUGUUUUGUGGACUGGCUGUAAUUCUAGGACUUCUGGGUAUGGCUGUUGGUGCAUUUUUCUUCAACAAAUGA